AUGCUUAUUUUUGAAGAAAGUUUGACUCGCCGUUACGUAGCAGCGGGAAUACUUUUGGUUUCUCUGGGUGUCUCUUUCUUGAAAGAAUUUUGGGAAUAUAUGAUUGUUGUUGGUGACAUCAUCAGAGUAGCAGACGGUGAGGUUUUUCCAGCUGACCUCCUGUUGCUGUUAUCGAGCAACGCAGAUGAAACGUGCCUUGUGGAAACUUCAAAAUUGGAUGGAGAGAAUAAUCCAAAAGUACGUCGUGCUUUAGGAUGGGCAUGCAGUUUAAAGGACAAGUGGAUUGGAUCAUUUCGUUGUGAGAUCCAAUGUGAGCCUCCGAAUAAAAACUUGAAGGCGUUUGUAGGAAAAAUGAUCGUGGGCAAGGAGACGUAUGAUUUAGGCGAGUUUUAG